UUUCCAGCAGUUUAGCAUGUUAUUUGUUUUUAUGGGAUCAAAUUGUAAUUUGUGAAAUUGUUAGUACUCAUAAUAUUAAAAUAUUUUUUUAAUUAUUACUCCAUCCAUCCGUUCCAAAAUAAUCAAAUUAUUGAAAUAUAAACAUAAAUUAGUUAUAUUUUUUCGUUUUUAUCCUUUUCAAACUGUAUAAUAUUAAUAAUGAUCAUUAGAAUCCAAUCUUGAAAAUUUAAUUAAUGAAGGGCAAAAUUAAAAAAAAAAAAUAUCUUUCCUGAAUAAUAAACAAUUCAAUUAUUUUGGAUACUAAAAAAUACUCCAACAAAAUCAAAUACUUUUGUAAUGAUGUCAUUUGUCAAAAAAAAAAAAAAUGAUGUUGCUUCUAUUGAGAUACACCUAAUGAAAAUACAUUUUUUCCUUUGUAAAGAUAUAUAAUUAGUUUUUGAUAUAUUUUUUUAAAAAAUGGGGUCUGUCGAGAUACAUAAUUAGCAUCGAUACAUCCAACGAUGUUACAUUUUUCUUUAUAAAGAUACAUAAUUAGCUCUCGAUACAUUUUUCUGAUGUUGCUUAUAUCGAGAUACAUAAUACAUCCAACGAGGAUAUAUUUUUUCCUUUAUAAAGAUACAUAAUUAACUCUUGAUAUUUUUUUUAUUUCAAAUUUGUCGAGAUACAUAAUACAUCCAACAAAUAUACAUUUUUUUCCUUUAUAAAGAUACAUAAUUAGCUUUCGUUACAUUGGUUUUCAAUUCUGGAUCUAUCGAGAUAUAUAAUUAGCUUUCGAUACAUUCAAAGAAGAUAUAUAAUUAGUUGAAUUUUUUGUAAUUACUUUAAAAAGUUGAAAAUUUGUGUAAAUAUGGUUAGUUAAGGUGUGCGUUUAUGUUAUUUAAAGUUUUUUAUUUUCGGUUCGAUAUAACCCAUUGAAACGGACGGGUCAUGGGUCCAAGCCCAAAUUAGAACCCAAUAAAUUCUCCAUAAACCCUAAGCUCAACCAGUAUCUUCUUCUUCCUGAAACUCUUUGUGCGGCGGCGGCGCUCUUCACCUUCAAUUCUGGGUGCACCAAGUGGUGAAAAAUGCAGAUCUUUGUGAAGACCCUGACGGGCAAGACUAUUACCUUAGAGGUAGAGUCAUCGGACACCAUCGACAAUGUUAAGACCAAGAUUCAGGACAAGGAAGGCAUUCCACCAGACCAGCAGAGGUUGAUUUUCGCAGGUAAGCAGCUCGAGGAUGGUCGAACACUAGCUGACUACAACAUCCAGAAGGAGUCCACUCUCCAUCUUGUCCUUCGUCUCCGUGGUGGUGCUAAGAAGCGUAAGAAGAAGACUUACACUAAGCCAAAGAAGAUCAAGCACAAGAAGAAGAAGGUCAAGCUCGCUGUCCUCCAGUUUUACAAGGUUGAUGAUUCCGGCAAGGUCCAGAGGCUCCGUAAGGAGUGCCCAAAUGCUGAGUGUGGUGCCGGGACCUUCAUGGCUAACCAUUUCGAUAGGCACUAUUGUGGUAAAUGUGGUCUUACCUAUGUUUACCAGAAGGCUGGUGGUGAUUAGAUGAGUGUUAGUUAACUCUUUCGCUUGCAGUAGAACUAGUUUUCUCCAUAUCUGUGUCCCUAUACUCUCCUAAUGUCUUGUAUGCGACAAGAUGUAAUGAAUUUGAAUUAUGGGAUUAUUUUUGCAGCUUUAUAAGAAGCCAAGGAUUUUGUCAGCUAAAA